AUGAAUUGCAGCCUCUUCUCUUAUUAUGUUGAAUAGACAUUGCCAAAUUAUGUUGAAUAGAAAUUGGAGGAAUGUUUUGUAUAAUUGAGUAAUAAUUAAAACAUAAUAAUGUGUGUCGACCUGAUAUGUGAAUAGAUUGAAUUUUGUCGAAAAUUGUGUAAUCGAUUGUAAGCACAAAAAUAAUUAUUAAUAUUGAUUAAAUUAUUGGAACAUCAAAUCUAUUCGAUAAAAGAUGUUGAAAAAAAUAAUACGUAUCUGCUAUCCUAUUAAGAUGUGUAUGUAUUUUAAAUAAUACUCAGAAUGCUUUGUAUAAUGAUUUAAUUCGAAUCAAAAAAAUAUGAUGAUAAUUUUGACAAUGAUUAUACAGAAAAAUUUAGUAACGAUUUAGUUAAGUGUUUCUUAAUAUUAAGAACUAAUUAAACAAACGAAUUAGACUAAUAAUUAUUAGAGAUGUUUCUAAAAUUAUAAUCAAGAUCUGUUCUAUUUUAUAAGUAUUUGACAAAAUUGAGUGAACAAUUUUAAUUGAGAAAUUGUUGUUUAUCACUAAGGAAAUUAAAAUUGGAGUUAAAAAAAAAACAGAGAGAAUAAAUCAUAGGAAAAAGACGUUAAUGUGAUUCAAUCAAAUAAGAAUUUAAAGAAGACUGCUCCAAUUCAUUUUUUGAAUAAAAUGAUUUUAGAAUUAAAGAUAAAAGGCUUUAAAUGAUAAUGAAUGUGAAAUAACCAAAAUAAGAACAACAAUUGAUAUCAUUUUAAGAUAUAUUAAAAUAGAAAGAAAAUACAAAAUUUAUCAAUACUACAGAAUCCACAUUGAGUCGGCCUUCAUUAAAUAAAAGAACAAUAAAUGGUGGCAUCAAUGGAAAAUACAAAUUAGGAAAUGAGAUAAAAGUACUCAGAAAAACUACUUCUUCCAGCAAUAAAAAAAACAAUAAAGAUGAAAUGCAACCAUAUUAAAUUUUAUAAUAAUAAUACUAAUUAGAAUUUUGCCGAGAGGUAAGUAGGAAGCUACUAAAAUUAUAGUAGAAGAAGUAAAUGAAUUGGAACAGCGAAUAUUUAGCUGCUGAUACCGAAUCUGAUAGUUGUUUUAAUUGA